UUGGGUAGAAUUUGACUGUGACACUUGUGUUUGAAGUUAGUAUUGAACUUGUUAUAAUGUGCGCUUGUGGAUUGGACCAUCCCGGUUCUGAUUUUUUUAUGGACUUAGAGAUCGUCAGUCUCCCGUUUUACGAAACUGUUGGAGUAAUUGACCCAUCCCAGCUGCUUCGGCCAGAAAAGAUUUACGAUGACAAGCCCGUGACGGCAUUCCGGGACUACUCCAUCGACGACAAUGAUCCUAUCAGGCAGAGGGUCAGAAAGACCUACUACACAAUGCACACUUACAUGACCGUUGACUUUGUAAAAUCUAAAAUGGACAAAUGGCUGAAGUUCAACCACUUCAAAGCGACUAUGAAGGAGGCUCUCUACAGGAUGAACGAGCUGGUGGAUGAGUCAGACCCUGACCUGAACCUGCCCAACAUCGUGCACGCCUUCCAGACUGCGGAGCGGAUUCGCCAGGACUAUCCUGACGAGGAAUGGUUCCAGCUAAUUGGACUGAUCCAUGAUGUCGGAAAGGUGCUAGCGUUGUACGACGAGCCGCAAUGGUGCGUCGUAGGUGACACCUUCCCCGUCGGCUGUAAGUGGGACAAACACAUCGUAUACGGAGACGACAGCUUCAAAGAUAACCCAGACACCCACAACCCUAAAUAUAACACUAAAUACGGCAUGUACAAACCCAACUGUGGUAUUGAGAACAUCAUCAUGUCCUGGGGUCACGAUGAGUAUCUCUACCACAUCCUCCUCCACAAUAAAGGAAAGUUCCCGCAAGAAGGUCUUUGGAUGAUCAGGUACCAUUCGUUCUACCCGUGGUACGCAGGUGGUGAUUACGAACACCUCAUGUCCAAAGAAGACGAAAAGAUCAAAGAAGCUGUCUUGAAAUUCAACAAAUACGACCUCUACACAAAGAGUACCGUCGUUCCUGACAUCGAGGCUCUAUGGCCUUACUACGAGGGCUUGAUCGACAAAUUCAUCCCCGGAGUACUUGAGUGGUAGACAAAACAUUUUCCUGUUAUAUAAUGUAAAUACUUAUCUUAAGGAUAAUAAAGCCCUCGGUUUUA